AGCUGAAAAAGUCUAACUCUGGUCGGAUCCGCGCACUUCUUCGAGCGGCACAGCUGCAGUAGGAGUCCACACCAGAACCACCGACACUUUCAGGGCUACUCUCAACCCGUCUCCUGUUCACAGAGCGACAGCUUUGUAUCCACUCUGUCAAGAGCAAGGACAGCAGCAGGAGUCCACCAUGUUGGGGUUUCUACCUCGCAUUGCCGUCUUGGUCGCCCUCCUGGCCGCUGCGUCCGUGGACGCGUCCCACUUCCGAGGCGGGACCAUCUCCUGUACACCUGACAUGGUCGACACGGGCCUGGUCCACUGUAACUAUCGCCUGGCCUGGCGGCGGCCCAGCGCGGACAAGUGUGAUCAGGACGCAAUCGACAACAACGAGCUGAUGAGCGGAGAGGGGAGCUGGAACACUCCCAACGGCAUGAUCCCCGCCAGUUACCACUGUACCGACUUCAGCGUGCAGGAGGACUGGCAGCAAGGGGUCAACACCAUGACUGUCAAUGCAACAACUGGCAGCGCAACAAUCGUUAGCUUUGACAGCUGCUGCUGGAUCACGGUCCAACGUCCUGGAGGCGGAACACACGAGCCGAACUGGCAAGUCAGGACUCAGUUCGACAUUGGCGUGCGAGCGGACACCGGCCGGCCCAACUCCUCUCCCAUCACUGCCAGCUCGGCCAUACACAGGAUCCAGAUCAACUGUGAUGCCGUAAUCCGGAUCCCGACCAAAGACUCAGACGGCGACGCCGUGAAGUGUUACUACUCCUCGGUGUUCAACGAGUGUGGGGACGCCUGCGACCCGCUGCCCUUAUCAAGCCUGGAUGAGGACACCUGUGAGAUCUCGUACAGCACGCCCCAAGGCCUUAACGUACCAGAGCUGACCCCCGGUUGGUACGCCAUAGCGCUGACACUGGAGGACUACCCACCGGGAGCGCCCAGGACAGCAGGGUCUGGACUCAGCAGGGUUCCCCUGCAGUUCCUGGUCAAUGCUUACACCUCCAACACCCCGUGCAGUCUGAAGCCCCAGUUGAUCGGACAGACGCCCCAGGCCAGGGACAGGGUGGUCAUUCCGGCAGGGGGCACUUAUCAUGCGGUCAUAGAGGCGGAGGCACAGAGUCCCGGAGCUAGUAUUGUGGAGAUCACAACUGUUUCUCCACGUGGGAUGAUCAAGUCAGACCUGGUCACGGAUCCCAUCAUGCCUCACCGCGCCUACGUCAACAUCACGUGGUCUCCGACCCAGGCGCAACUCGGGCAGCACAUCUUCUGUUUCCAGGCGCAGGACAGCAACAUGGCGGAUUCUGACCAGCGGUGCAUGACUCUUGUGUACAUGGGGACCCAGGAUGUUGACGAGUGUCAGAACAACAACGGCAACUGUUCCCACGCAUGCGUCAACACGGUCGGGUCGUACCACUGUGCCUGUCCGGCGGGGAUGUUUUUACGUCUGGAGAACAACAAGGAAUGUGACGACAUUGACGAAUGUGCACGGGACCCCGGUAUAUGUCAUGCCAACGCGACCUGCAUCAACACACUCGGGUCUUACAUCUGCGAGUGUGACCAGGGGUAUUUCGGCAAUGGAUCCAUGUGCAUAAUUGACAUAGACGACUGUGCCAACGGGACCCACGGUUGCCACGAGCAUGCGCACUGCGUCGAUCUGCCGGGGUCACAUGACUGCAUCUGUGACGCAGGGUUUGUCGGAGAUGGCGAAACUUGUACAGAUGUUAACGAGUGUGCUGAGGGUGUGCACAUGUGCCCGACCAACGCCAGCUGCACCAACACUCCCGGCUCUUACACCUGCAAGUGUGACCCGGGACACGAGUGGGAUGGGACUGCAUGUUCAGAUGUUAACGAGUGUGCUGAGGGUGUGCACAUGUGCCCGACCAACGCCAGCUGCACCAACACUCCCGGCUCUUACACCUGCAAGUGUGACCCGGGACACGAGUGGGAUGGGACCGCAUGUUCAGAUGUUAACGAGUGUGCUGAGGGUGUGCACAUGUGCCCGACCAACGCCAGCUGCACCAACACUCCCGGCUCUUACACCUGCAAGUGUGACCCGGGUCACGUGUGGGAUGGCACUGCGUGUUCAGACUUUGACGAGUGCUCUGUUGACAAUGGGAAGUGUGAAGAUGUCUGCAUCAACACGGUCGGAGGCCACCAGUGCGAAUGCUCCAACAGCGUUCUUGUACUGGCUGAGGAUGGUCUAGGGUGCACACUUGUUGGGGCCGAGACCACGUGCACCAAUGAGGGAAUGAUCCUGGCCUUACCAGAGGAGCAGCUCACCCUUGUCAAUACUAACGACCUGCACUGGGAUCCUGACCAGAACUGUCGGGCUGUGUUCAACGGUACCCACCACCUACUGCGGACUGGGCUGUACCAGUGUGGUACCAGGGUAACCUUCGACCCGACGUAUGUCAUCUUCACCAACCUGAUUAGACUCAUCGACAUCCACAACGCAACGGGCGUCAUCUCCCGGGACGACGACAGCGUCAUCUACUCCAAGUGCAAGUACGAGCGAGAAGAGGACGUGUCCGCACAGUUCAUGCCCAUCCCUGGAGGACUGGAGUUCACGGAGGUCGGGUUUGGCACGCUGUCCAUCCGGCUGGACAUGUUCCACUCCCAGCACUACCUCCAGCCAUACACAGUCAAUGAGUACCCGGUACACAAGAGCCUCAGAGACAACAUGUACUUCCAGCUGCAAGUUGAAGGGCACAGCCAGCAUCUGUCCAUCCUUGCUCUGAGCUGCAAGGCUACCAUGUCACCCAACAAGAACGAUGCCCUGCAGUAUGCUCUCAUUGAUGGCGGAUGCGCUGUUGACGAGACCCUGCAGUUCUACAGCAGCUACAACCUGACCACUCAGCAGUUCGGCUUCGAGGCCUUCCGCUUCAUCCGGGAACUCCGGGCGGUCUACAUCCACUGUGAGGUGGAGGUGUGCGGCGCAGCCGAGCCCGGAUCACGCUGUGCACAGGGUUGCGCUCCUGGGGCCCGCCGCAAGAGGGCGCUUUCCGACAUGACUGGAAGGCACACCAUCUACCAGGGACCCAUCGUCCUGGACGAAACUGAGAGCGAGAGCAAGGUGGGCUCCCUCAGUACCGGUGCGCUGGCAGCUGCAGUCAACGUGGGUUUGCUGGUCACCCUGAUCGCCCUGGCUGCAGUUCUGGUGGCCACCAGAGUGAGGCGCUCCAGGAACAAGCAUGCAGCUGAGUACCAACCGGUCCAGACUGACUGCGAUGGCUGAGAAGUUUAAAGAUCGAUAAGACAUUCCAGCAACUGCUGAAGUCACAACAAUGACUAUCAUUUCAAUUAAGCACUAAACUUUAUCUCCUUGAACACCAGGAAUAAAUUGGGACUUACCCAAAUUUUCAGCUGACUCCAUGAACAAGGUUUCUAGAGUUUAUAGCUGAAAAUUUGGGCCAGUUCCAAUUCAUUCCAGUGUUCCGCUUGAUAAGUAACAGGCACGGUUAAAGACGGUGGGGCUGUCUUUGUUACUACUGACGCGACCAUGAUAG